AUGUCGUUUGAGGUGGUUGUCGUACAACCUUCCCGACUCAACCAACAUGCCUUCAUCACAAUUCUAGAUUUUGUGGUCGUCGUCGGUGUAGGCGAUGAACGAGAGGUGAUUUAUUUCAACUCUCUAGCGAUAUCAGGAAAUACGCACAUGGAGCCGAUGAGUAACUUGAUACGGGAGGAAUGGCAUAUUUUUCAAUCUUCGACAUCUUUCACCAUUUUUGAGCUGUUUCAUAAGAAUCUCAGGAAGUGGAAACAUUCAGCUUACGUAACAGAAGACAUCCCGUACGUCAUACUCAAUAGGAAGCUGUCACUGGAUUUUACCGAUUAUGGUGAUUGA